AGGAGGCUGUGGACAAAAGCAAGUUUAAGGAAUGCAACCAGAUUGCUUUUUACAGGCGUCAGAAACUUCUACAGCCUGGAAAAUCCUCCUAUAGAGCAUUGUUGGAUUCAGUCACAUUAAGUGAUGACAAUGUCAAAUUCCAAAUUAUUCAUGAGGAUAAUAAGGUUCUUCUACAAGUAGAAAUUUGUGAAAUAGAGGGCAACAUUUUCAGGCUUAAAAUCAAUGAGGCAGCUCCUCUCAGAGCGAGGUAUGAAGUUCCUGAUGUUCUCAUACGGGAACCUACCACCCAGAGGCUCUCUACAUCCCAUAAAGAAGAAGGUAUAUUGGUGCUGAAGAGUGUUAAUGAGGAGUACCAGCUUCAAGUCACAGCAAACCCCUUCCAUAUUGAGCUACGGUUCAAGGAUGAGAUUCUCCUGAGCAUGAAUUCCAAUGGGUUGUUAUAUUUUGAGCACCUACAACCACCUCCCAGUGAUGGAAAAACUACAGCAGAAAACGAAGAGAAGGCAGCAAGUGACUCUUCUAAGGAUAACCAGGAGGACCUGGGUCUCUGGCAAGAGAAAUUUGGCAGCUUUUUAGACAUCAAAGCCCAUGGCCCUAGUUCUAUAGGCCUGGACUUCUCUUUACAUGGAUUUGAGCAUGUUUAUGGAAUACCACAACAUACAGAAACACUCCUCCUCAAAAACACCAGUGAUGGUGAUGCCUACCGGCUUUACAAUCUGGAUAUCUUUGGCCAUAAGAUACAUGACAAAAUAGGCAUUUAUGGCUCAGUGCCCUUUCUCUUAGCCCACAAGCCUAACAGAACCUCUGGGAUCUUCUGGCUGAACUCAUCGGAAACGCUGGUGGACAUUAGCACAAAGGCAGCAGCUGAGCACCUGCCCUCCAGAUCCACCGCAGAGACUGCUAAGCAGAGGGUGGUGCCUCGAACCGACGUGCGCUGGAUGUCCGAGAGUGGGAUCAUUGAUGUUUUCCUGCUGAUGGGACCUACUGCUUUUGAUGUCUUCACACAGUUUGCACAACUGACAGGCACUCAAGCCCUACCUCCCCUCUUUUCUCUGGGCUACCAUCAGUGCCGCUGGAAUUAUGAGGAUGAGCAAGAUGUCAAAGCAGUAGAUGCUGGCUUUGAUGAACAUGACAUUCCUUAUGACAUGAUAUGGCUGGACAUUGAGCACACGGAUGGAAAGAGGUAUUUCACGUGGGACAAGAAGAAAUUCCAGAACCCCAAAAGGAUGCAGGAACUUCUCAGGAAGAAAAAACGCAAGCUUGUCGUCAUUGUAGAUCCCCACAUUAAGGUUGAUCCCACAUACACCCUGUACUCACAGGGCAAAGACAAGGGAUAUUUUGUGAAAGACAGAAAUGGACAAGAUUUUGAGGGCAUCUGUUGGCCAGGUUCUUCUUGUUAUCUGGAUUUCACCAAUCCUGAAGUGCGAAAAUGGUACGCAGAUCAAUUUGCCUUCAAAACAUACAAGGGGUCAACUAAUAUCCUCUUUGCGUGGAAUGACAUGAAUGAGCCUUCGGUCUUCAGAGGGGCAGAGCUAACGAUGCAGAAGGACGCUGUGCACUACAGCAGCUGGGAGCACCGGGAGGUUCACAACCUCUAUGGAUUCUACCAGCAAAUGGCAACUGCAGAUGGACUCAUCAAACGUUCUUUGGGAAAAGAGAGACCAUUUGUCCUCACCCGAUCUUUCUUUGCUGGAUCACAAAAGUAUGGGGCAGUGUGGACAGGAGACAACAAAGCAGAGUGGGACUACUUGAAAAUCUCCAUUCCGAUGCUGCUCACUAUCAGCAUAGCAGGCAUUUCAUUCUGUGGAGCUGACGUGGGAGGGUUUAUCGGAGACCCAGAACCAGAAUUACUUGUUCGCUGGUAUCAAGCUGGAGCCUUCCAGCCCUUCUUCAGAGGCCACUCUAACAUGGAGAGCAAGCGGCGAGAACCAUGGCUCUUUGGGGAGAAGAACACCCAGAUCAUCAGGGAAGCCAUCAGAGAGCGCUACAUGCUCCUGCCCUACCUCUAUACACUCUUCUAUCGGGCACACACGGCAGCUGAACCAGUUAUGAGGCCUCUCUGGAUAGAGUUUCCAGGGAACAUAGACACUUUCAGUGUGGACAACGAGUAUAUGCUGGGAAAUGCUUUGCUGGUGCAUCCCGUCACCGAGCAAGAUGCUGGGACAGUGAGCGUUCUGUUUCCUGGGCCAGAGGAGAUUUGGUAUGAUUUCAGGACUUUUAAACGAAUGGAAGCAUCAGGCCCUCUGAAGAUCCCAGUAACACUGGAGAACAUUCCUGUAUUCCAGCGUGGGGGAACUGUGAUACCUCUGAAAACCAGAGCUGGAAAGUCCACUGAAUGGAUGAUAGAUAUUUCUUAUGAACUCCAUGUGGCCCUGGACACAGAGGGCUGUGCAAAAGGUGAACUCUACCUAGAUGAUGGACAUUCAUUCCAGUACCUCCACGAGAAGCAGUUCCUGCACCGGCAAUUCACUUUCAACAAGCAAGUUCUCUCCUCCAGCUGCACAGAUGAAAAGGGACAAUACGGCACUACCUGUGUAGUUGAACGGGUGCUAAUUCUGGGACUUGGGCAGCAACCCAUGUCUGUGACAACACGUUUAAAGGGUGAGGAACCAUGCUCCAUUUCACUGCAAUUGUUUGACAUACUCCUGUACUUGUGACAUUCAUCAAAGGCUGCCAAUAGGCAGCUCUGUAAAGG